AUGGCUUCCUUCGACGAUAAACCUCCUACUGUUGAUAAUAUCGAGGAUAUCGCGGGUAAGAGUCCGCCUUCUGAGGAUGAUGAGGAAUUCACGCCCGAGGAGCAGAAGAAGAUUAUUCGGCGCGUGGAUUUGAGACUUGUUACUAUGACUGGGUUGGCUUAUUGUAUUUCGCUGAUGGAUCGGACUAAUCUGAGUAUGGCUGCUGUCGCUGGAUUGAAAGAGGAAUUGAGGUUGGAUAUUGGACAGCGAUAUUCUAUCAUCGUGUUGAUGUUCUUUGUGCCCUAUAUCAUCUUUCAGCCGCCGAUGACUAUUAUCAUUCGCAAGUUGGGCCCGACUAUGUUCUUGUCAUCGAUUAUUAUUUGCUGGGCUGCUAUUAUGAUAGGAAUGGGAUUCGUCAAGGAUUGGGGGCAAUUGGUCGGCACACGUGUGCUUUUGGGUGUCCUGGAGGCAGGCUAUUUCCCUGGCUGUGUCUAUCUGCUGUCAUGCUGGUAUACCCGAUAUGACGUCCAAAAGCGAUUCUCCGUUUUCUAUCUCAUUGGAUGUGUUGCCUCGGCCCUGGCAGGAAUCCUCGCCUUUGGUCUCAUGCAGUUAAAUGGAAAGCAUGGCCUAACUGGCUGGCGUUGGAUCUUCAUCCUCGAAGGCGUGAUCACCGGUGCCAUCGGCAUCUUAUGCUUCUUCUUCCUCGUCGAUUUCCCAGACCGCGCACACAAAUCUUGGCGAUUCCUGAGCGAGCGUGAAUGCCAGUUCAUCGUCCGCCGCAUCAACAACGACCGUAACGAUGGUCACCUUGAAGCAUUCUCCUUGAAGAAAUUCCUGAAGCCUGCAUUGGACAUCAAGAUCUGGGGCUUUGCGAUGAUCUUCUUCUGCCUCACAACGGUGACCUACGCAAUCGCCUAUUUCCUCCCAAUCAUCCUCCGCCUCGGUAUGGGCUACGGCGUCGGCCAAUCGCAAUGUCUCGUCGCACCGCCCUACGGCUUCGCAGGAAUCGUCAUGUACGGCACAGCCUGGGUCGGCGAUAAAUACCACAUGCGCGGACCGAUCUUGAUCUUCAAUGCCUUGCUCGCCAUCAUUGGAUUACCGAUGAUGGGCUUCGCCAAGAGUGACGCGACACGCUAUGUGGGCGUUUUCUUCACUGUCGCCGGCGCCAAUGCCAACAUCCCCGCUUGUAUGGCCUACCAGGCGAACAAUGUGCGUGGCCAAUGGACUCGUGCCUUCUCCAGCGCUACUCUUGUUGGAUUUGGCGGUCUUGGUGGAAUCGUGAGUAGUUUGGUUUUCCGUGAACAGGACGCGCCCGGUUAUCGGCCCGGAAUGUAUGCCGCUAUCGCGUGUAACAUUCUGAUCAUCAUUUUGGUUAUUGCGUUGAGUUUGUGGUUCAAGCGGUGUAACAAGCAGGCGGAUCGGGGAGAGCGGGAAAUCGAGGGCGAUGCUCAGUUCCGGUAUACCAUUUGA